AAUAAUAAUAAUAAUAAUAAUAGAACUAUCAUAGAAAUAUAAUAGAAAACUUGACUCUUUUCCAAUCAAUUCAUCAUUACAUACAUGAUCAACUAUUCAUAAUAAACUUUGAUGUAAUUUAAUAAAAAAAUUAUUCAUAUAUAGAUUGAUAUUUAACUAAUGGAUAACACAAAAACUUCACCACAACGAAAAUUUCGACAAAUCAUCCAACCACAUGAGCACAACUUUUCUGUUCCGUCAUUUGGAUAUGAUUUUCGAAAUGCUUUCAAAACGAAUGAGAAAAACACAACUCAACAACAGCUGCCUACUGAUACAACUUCACAAUUUAAAAAAACUAUGAAAAUGGCCUUAGCAACAGUUAACCAACCAAGACCUCUAAAUUCUGUUAUUGCCAAGACUGGUCCAUCAGUAGAUCAAACAGCUGAUUUCACAUAUGCUUCAAGACCUCAACUUAAAGAUAUGCACAAGGAACUACAAACAAGUAGUCUAAGACGGCAAAAUUUUAAUGAAAGACAGGUAAAACUGACUGAAAGUUCAAUGUCUGAUACCCCAUCAACAAAAUCAUCGAUUUAUAGACCAGGUUCAAUGUACUUACCAAAAUCAAAAAAUGACCACGGUUUUAUUGAACAAAAUAUGAAUUCUGAACGAGCUGGGCUAUCACAACCACCGGAGUCUAAACAACUGAAUAGCAAUACAGGAUAUGCAGUUGGUACAGAAGGUCAAUUUGUUCACUCCUCGUUGCAAAGAACUUCGUCUUUAGGCAGAAAUUCACACAAAUCCGUACCUGCUUCUAACCCAGUAUUGCAAUACUCUGGACUCCCUGGUAUUUCUGAAAACUCAACUGUUAAUAAACAAUUUAAACCUGAUUUACAAUAUUCACACCAAAUGACAACCCAAAUGGAUUAUCCGCAAUGGCUUCACCAUCAGCAACAACGUCUACAGUCAUCACAGCCACAAGAAACAAUAAAUCAACCAGUUCAACAUAUUCACUCUCUACAUUCUAGUGGGUGGACUUUUCCACAAAAUACUGUGGCUUCAUCUCAGGUUCACUCAUCGGCCCCGAAUAACCAAACGAGUUGCUAUAACUCAUCUUCAUAUAAUCCCGCUAAUAAUGUAGGCGAAUUUAUGUUAACGGUUCCUCCAACAGUCACAAAUAUUGGAGAUACUAGCAGCCAACCAGGUGUUAUUCCACAAAGUUAUAUCCUUACUCCUGAUAUAGCUCCUUUUCUUUACUCACAGACUUCAGAAAGAGUUGGUGGUCCAUCAACGCAGCCAGUCCACCAGUCUCAGUUAUUACCUGGUACCACUGUUCUUCAGCCGCAAGUCACCAUAGUUACAGUUGACCCAGAAAUUUUGAAGGCUAUCCUUUCCGGUGCAUUCAAUACACAAGCUCUUUUUCAGUCGGUAAAUAUGAGCUCUAGUAGUAAACCAAGUACAAAUAUGACAUCUUCCAUCAAUUUGCCAACACAAAAACCGGAUAAUUCGAACAUUGACUCAGUUCCUUUGUCAGUUACAAGAACGUACUGCCAACCUUCAGAACCUCAAAAUGUUUUGGUCCCUGAAUCAAGUAUUUCCGCCGACACAAAGAAAGAAGAUAAAAGUUUACAAAAUCUGUGUUGUCCGAAUGAUACAGAAAGCCGAAGCUUACCAUUUUCUUACAGUAAAACUGAAGACAAAUCCAAUGGCAAUCAAGAGCCGAUCGGAUGCUCAAACGGUUUACAACCCAUACAGAACUCUUCAAGCGAUAAACCACAGAAAUCAGCACCCAGAAUCGGAAAUCCUCCAAGAACACUUAGGUUUUUAGACAAAUCAGAGUCAUGUGAACCUGGUGGCCAAAUGGAAGAUAGUCAUCACAGUGGACUGACUGGUGGGCGAGAGCCUAGAAAACUUAAACCAUCCAGUUUUAUCUUCCGAUCCCGAAAAGCAUCAACAGAUGAACCACCCAAUCUUCGCAAAAAUGAGACAAAUGAAUAUUUAGGGAAAUCGAAAGCUGAUAACAAUGACACGGUUGAUCAACGUCAAGAAGUUUCUUCAAUAAGCGCUUAUUAUGAACAACUGAAACGUCGGAACUCCAGACCACUCAGCGCGUGCAAAUUAACAGCCGCAACACAGUUUCAACAAGCUGCAGACCCAUCUUUACUAAAAACGUCUGAAUUCUCUUCUAAUUUAGAAAGUAGCCCUGUGAAUUGUCGGUCAGCUCAUCAGUUGACGAGAGGUUAUACUGUUGCAUCAAGUGAACCAGAUCAUGCCGGUUUAUCAACCGGAUUUUCUAAAGAAAGAACACAUUUAAAAGAAACUGAUCCAUCCAUAAUGACUGUGGCUGAACGUGCAAAGCAAUGGCUGUUAGCACAAUCAAGUGGUUAUCGUGAAACACAACGUUACUCUACCUCUGGUUUCAUCGAUCAAGAUUUAGUUGACUGUCAAGACUUAGUACCAGUUGAAGAUAGAGUAAAAAUGUUUGAUAUUGGUGCAUCUUUAGGCCAACAAACAGAAAAAAGUCCAGAAGUGAAAUCAGAACUACAAGAACUUUGUAAAAAAAAGCAAGUGAAGUUCAGUGAAAAUAAUCUACAAAAACCAGAUUCUUCUCCUAAGUCUACUAACUUGACAAACAAAUCAGUCACUUCUGUAACUCUUCAGAAUUUAAGGCCAAAUCAUGUAAAUCCAAGAAGACCUCAUUCUAGCGUAAACUUACAUAGAAUCAAACAAGAAUCUGUACAAACGGGAGUGAUCCAACCAGCAAUUAAAACUUCCCAAGGUGUAAACAUUGUCAAUUCAAGUUUAAAAAUUGCUCCAGUCAAAGGAGUACAACAAUCAAACGGAGAUGAAUUAACCAGAUUAAGUUUGAACGAGAAACGAAGUUUAUUUAGUCAACGAUUUCAACAAGGACAACAAAGUUUAACAAGUAAACCAUUUAGUGUAACAACUGAACCAAAACGUGUAAUACGUCGAAAAACUCAACCGAUUACAUUAGAUGAUUUAGCUAAAGCAAAUCAACUUAUUUUAGAAAGAUAUUAUGGUAAACAUCUGGAAUCACCAUUUGGUAGUGUAAAAGGUGAUGAACAAGAUUCAUUUGGCUUCCAUGAGUAUGAUUCACAAAUAUCAACUCCGGAAGCCAGUUUAAGAAGUAGAUAUAACGAAAAUUCAUCAUUAAUUGAGUAA